GAGAGUCACUCAGUCAGAAGCAAUCGAUAGUGUUUUCUUGAGUGUCGCGGGAGGUGUACGUUGAUCACUUUGCUCUCUCGUCUCUAAUACCGCCGCCAAGAUGUGUGGGGGAUUCACAUGCUCCAAAAACAGCCUCCUGGCACUCAACAUACUGUACAUCAUCGUGGCGUUUAUCAUGAUCGGUGUGGCAGCAGGAGCAAACAUGUCUUCAAUUGUCACCUCCUUGUCGUUGGUGUCUGGCAUCAUAGCAUGUGCUGUGUUUCUCCUAUUCAUAUCCAUAGUGGGUCUCAUCGGUGCCAGCAAGCACCACCAGGUGAUGCUGUUCUUCUACAUGAUUGUGCUGUUCAUCAUAUUCAUCAUCCAGUUCUCGGUAGCCUGUGCCUGCCUGGCCAUCAAUGAGGACCAAGAGAGGCUGGUUGCUGCUAAUGGAUGGAAGGAAAGCGGAGACUCCAUACGAACAGAUGCACAGAACUGGUUUAGGUGCUGUGGCUACAAGAACUUUGAACCCAACAUGACCCAGGAAGUCGACCACCCCUCAUGUCUGGAUAUCCCCACCUGCUGUCCCAACGCGACAGAUGACUCGAUGUGCUGCCGUGCCCCUUAUGAGUGCCAUUGCCAGUCCUGUGAUGUGCCCAUCAAGCAGGUGAUGCUCAGAGGAUUCCAGCUGGUGGGAGGCAUUGGACUCUUCUUCUCCUUCACUGAGUUCCUGGGCGUGUGGCUCACAGUGCGGUACAGGAACCAACGGGACCCGCGGGCUAACCCCUCCGCCUUCCUGUAGUGGGGCGGCAGUGGCCCUCUCACUACUCUUACUAACAUAUCAGGUCAUUGGCUUCCUCAUUGCUAAGCGCUUUCGACACCAGAUGGACCCGAGAGCUAACAUUGAGAGUCUACUCCGAUAAAGAACAAUAGCAAGAGCAACAGUCCACCUCAUCCAUCCCAUCCACAGCCUCCCAUUCUUCCAUCCCCUCCUGGUCCUCUUCCAUCUCAUCUCCCUUCUUUCUCAACAUUAUCUUUUCCUAUCCUUGCACUUCCCUGCUCCAAGAAGUCCACCACCACCAUCACUACCACCACUGGCUGGGUAGCUUGUGGGAAGAUCUCGGCCAACCCUUCGUGCUGCCAUCAUCUGUAUUAAAUUAUUCCAUUGGUCUUUACCAGCCCCAAAUAGAAAGAAAAAUUUGCCUUAUUUUUUAGUCAUUUAUAGCCAUAAGUAAUUUCCUCAGUUUUUCAGUGUGCAAUAUUAUUUAAUGAAGUUUUCCUGCCCUAGGUUUAAAUUUUUUCAAUGCCAUAUCAGAUUUUUAAUGAUAAUUUAACAAAUACAUGUUUAUAUCACUCAUACUUACAUAACCUACAUACAUACAUUUACACAUACCUUAUCCAUGCAUUUAUCUGUAUGCAAUUAGGAUGUCAGCAUUUGGUGGAAGAAAAGAUAAAAAGAAGGAUUCAAAACUCAAGAUAAUUCAGUGUUUAUUCCUUAGUUUGUUGUGAUGAAGUCUCAAAUGCAUUACUGUAUCUUGUCAAUGAACAUCACACUCUCCAUUAUCUGUAACCCAUGAGUAGUACUGUUACAAGCAGCCCCCUCAGUGUUCAUUGGCAGCACAGUGUCUCCUAGGGGUGACUGUGGUGCCAGGGUGUCUGUGCUCAGGCUGUCCAUGCUGUGAGGUGCUGUGCAUGACUUGUAUACUUCCUCUUGUGGUUUUAGUGGAUGAGUUAUGUGUGCUGGAUAAUGCUUAGUUUAUUAUUGAUUAUGUUAACUAAUGCUACUUGUGUAUUAAUUGCAGGUAAUGCUAUGUUUCUUCAAUUAUCCCUGCUACAAAUAUCAAUGCUAAUACUAAUACUACUACCACUACAGUCUGUACUAUUACUUCCGUAUCAGUCAUUCACUGUGUUGAUAUCUGAGGUCUUUGAGGUACAGGCUCUUUGUUCAUUGUGUUAGGUAAUGAAGUUUUAUCUCAUGUUGUCUAAUAGAAUUUUUCUGCUUCUUGCUAUAUACAUAAAUGUAAUGUUUUUUAUAUCUUUGAACUCUUCCAGAUAUCUCAACCAAAGGUUUUUUAAACUGGAUUGAAUGAUAUAUGAACAGUUUUAAAAUCAGAUUGUAUAAUUUACAGAUUUUAAACCAGAUGGAAUGAUUUAUGAAACUUUCUAAACCAGAUUGAAUGUUUUAUGUAGCUUGGAAACCAAAUUGAAUAAUAUAUGAAGCUUUUCAUCCAGAUUGAACUGAAGAUGCUGUAAAUUUUUUGUCUGUGUGUAGCUUUGUUUGAGGGGACGACCAAGCAUUGGUGUGUUCCAAGUCAUUUGGUAAUGUUGAGGUGUUGAGUACACCACCUUGAGGAGAUGUAGUGAUUCAGUGUAUAAUGAUAGAGUUGGUGUGUGUCACUGAGCACCACCAAGGAGGUAAUAAGGGUGGCUGUCUUCAGAGGUAAAACAGCUGACACCAAGGUUUUUAUUGUAACCAUUUGCCAUCUGCACCUUUUAAUAUUGGGUAAAUCUACUUGUAAGAGAGGAGCUACAGUGGAACAUUAGUCAGGAGUUUGAGUAGUGUGCUGGACUGGAUGUAACAUUUGUAGUUUUAGCCACAACUCACUAAAGGGUCUUGCUGAAAAUAUGCUUUCUGCUCAGUUAUCUAUACUGUAUGUUAAUUAGGUAAUGACUAGUUUUUUGAGUAGGGAAGAAAUAGAGUUAGACAACCUAUAUGGAUCAAAGUGAAUGUGCCUAAAUGACAUGGAAACUUGGUUAUGUCUCAGUAUAAAUGUGACAAAUAUAUAUUGUUUGUAUCAAGUAGGUGAUUAAAAAUUUUAGAUUGUCAUUAAGUGACCUUGACAGUAUUGUGAAAUAGUUUUAUAUUUUAUCUUUUGUGUGAGCCACAACAUCAUUCUUUUGGUAAGAGCCAAGCAACACAGCUGCAUGGAAGUGUUCAGGUGAGGGAGGAAAGGAUUUUGUACAAGGUUAAGUUGGCAACCAAAACACUGGAUCCUUGUUUUAUUAUUGGAAGGAGGAAGUUUUAAUGAGAACAUCUUGUAGUCAUACACUUAGUGUGGCAGCAACACUGUCACCUUGAAGUUGAUUGGCUUCAAGACACGUCAAAAUGAGACCCAUGUGUUUAGCUUCCUUUAUGCAUCCAUGUUGCAUUACUGGAGAGUAUGGAGAGGUAGCUGUAGUGUGACUGGUACCUGCCAAAGUGUUGCCAAUACUUGCAUUCCAUGACAUACAUGCCAGUAGUGGUUUGGGUGAAGUGUGAGGCAUCAGUGUGUUAGGAUGUGGUUAAGGGUGUGAUGUGAGACUGAGUGUAUAUAGUGCAUAAAGGGAACUCACUGUGGAGCAAUGAGUGGUCUUGUGUGUGCUGCUGAUGUGAGCUCCAGGAGGGCAUUAACCUGAAUAUCUUAUUAUGCACCACCUUACUAAUAGAACCAAAAACAAUCACAAACCAUAAGUUAUCCCCAGGAGGUACUUCAUCCUUCCACAUAAUUGAGUUGCAUGAAAACCUUACAAUUUGAAGCAAUUUCCCAUUUUACUCAUCACUGCCAGACUGUAUCUCCCAUUUUCCCACCAUCUUAAGGAGCUUGCACAGUAGAAUGCAAGAAAGACCACCUCACUUUUGAGUUGCCUGCCACAGUGCAAUGCUGCUGAAAGGCUGUGGUAUCUCGCUGCUGCUGGUGAGGCACUCGGAAGCCUUUCACGUGCAGUUGGGUCUUGCAGCAUUUUACAAUCCAGUGCAAUAUUUUUAGGGUUGGUUUAGCAGUGGUGGAAGACAUGCUUGUCAAUUUCCACAGUAACAUUUCAGUGUGGUCUUUUGAGAAGGUUCAGUGGCUUUGGUUUGGUUUGUCACACUCACCACUUGCUCUGCUUCCCCUCACUGCUUUGCUCACACACUGCCCAAGCACCUGUACUCUCUGUGUGCCAAUACUGUUUCCUCCUGCUUCUUUUCCCUGCUUGAUCUGAUGCUUGGGGCACGCCACUUAAACGUUCCCCAGACACUUAAAUUUUCACCCCACUGAAAAAACGAAGGACUUGAAUGUUAGUCAGAGAGAAUAAAGAGUAACGUUUGCUCCCAGCGUUAAUCUAAGUUAUUAUUUGCAAUGUACAUGAGACAUUCCAUUCUCUUUAAGUUGCAUGAAUUCCUCUCACUUAUCAGUUGAUCCCUGCUACAUGAGGACAAUAGUAAUGGUAACAAUAGCAGUAACAAGCGUUAGACUAGACUAGUCCUGCGAUGUAUGCUUAUUUUGGGUGGUAUACAUACAUACAUACAUUGUUUAUAUGAAGAGUAUUUAAAGAAGAAAAACAGUAACAAUGCUUCCUGUAGUGUGAUAUGAAGUAGAGGAUUAUACAUGUUGAUUGUUGUUUGUUUGCUAGUUUGUUGGCCAGCGUUUGCAGUGGUGCUUUUGUUUGCCGUUGUUUUUUUGUUAUUUUUAAACAUUACCGUCACUUCACUGGUUGGGGAUUUGAAUUCUUGCUGCAUCUUUCCCUCUGAGUCCUAAGAGACUUGCUUGUUCUGUUGUUUAUUUAUUUAUUUUUUUUGUUUUUGUUUUUUUUUUGUUUUUUUUGCAGGUCAAUUUAAGAGAAACUUGCGUGUUGAAUUUUACUGUUGUUGUUUAAGAGAAGUUUGCCUGCUGUGUUCCUAUCUUUUGUUAUCUUUCUUUGACAUGGGAAACUGAUGGUGGCUGAUGGUGGCAUGUCUGAGAGUACAGCAGGGACUCAGAGCUGUGUUAGGACCACUCCUUGUGUGUGUGUGUGUGUGUGUGUUUUGUCCUUUAUCCAUAUAUCAUUGUUCUCUUCAUUACCUUCAGAAUCUUUGUAUUUUCUUCUUUUAGCUGAUUUAUUUAUUUAUUUUUUUUAUUAUUCUCUUCCUCCAGUUUUAAGAUUUGUAACUUUUGUUGUUUGUUGAUAGCUGUUUCUUCUUAUUCUCUUCUUUUGAACUCAAGAUUUUCACAAUGCGUCAUGAUCCUUAUGUUAGUCUUGAUUCUCUUCUUACCUCAAGAUUCUUUGCAUUUCGCUCCUUUUCUUUCUCUUUCUGUAUCGUUACCAUUCUCUUCCUCUUAAACUUCUCAAUUCUCUCUCUCUCUCUCUCUCUCUCUCUCUCUCUCUCUCUCUCUCUCUCUCUCUCUCUCUCUCUCUCUCUCUCUCUCUCUCUCUCUCUCUCUCUCUCUCUCUCUCUCUCUCUCUCUCUCUCUCUCUCUCUCUCUCUCUCUCUCGUAUUGAACCUGAAUAAUCUAUGUCCUGUAAUCACACCACUCACACUCCACUCGCCCUCUUCUUGGUUUCUCUUCUUAACCAUCAAUGUUUCCUUCUAUUUAUUUUCCUCUCAUCAUUUCUUCUUUCCCUAUUCCUGACACCUACCAUGGCCAUUCCUCUCCUUUCUGAUCCCCUUUCCUUCCCCCUGUAUUCCCUUUCUUUUCCCUCCCAUUCUCUUCACUUCCUUUUUUCCUUUCUUCCCCUCCCCUCCCUUCCCCUCCUGCUGUUGCCAUAUCCCCAUUAAUAACCUCACAGUUUGUAUUUCAGGUAAUUUAAUAAGAGAUGCCAUAUAUUGUAAACUGCCAUAGGUUCUUUUUUCCCUACCCAGUCCAGUUAGUAAUGUUCUAUGCAAACAACACAUUACGUUGCUCUCUGGUGGAAGCUGAUUAUUAUUAUUAUUAUUAUUAUUAUUAUUAUUAUUAUUAUUAUUAUUAUUAUUAUUAUUAUUAUUAUGGUCGUCAAAAUUUGAAUUAUCUCGGUAUUUGCAUUCUUUUCCUUGCUGUUACUUAGUUCUUGUUAUAAUUAACUCAAAGGUAUUUAGAAGAUUACACAACUAUCUAAAAUCUAAAUUUAUUAAUAUAUAUUUUCAUUGUCUAGGAAUUUUGUUUUUAUGUGGGAUUCUUUGCCAAUUCCCCUUUAGCAGAUGUAUUUAUCAUUAUAUUAUUCUGUUGUAUUAUUAGUAGUAUUUUUGGUGAGGUGUGCGAGUGAUAGGGAAUCAAUCGCCUGAAUGCUCCAGCGUGGCCAUGGCAACGUGUCCGAUUCGGUGGUCGAUUCUCGCUGGUAUGUCCUAGUAAUUAUAAUUCUGACAGCCACGCCAUCAGUUUUGCCACACCAUUUGUUCAUUACUUAUCUUGUAUUCUAAUUAGUCAUAAGAUAUUUAAAUUUAAAAGUGAUACCUUUUUUUUUUAGUAAAAAAAAUGAGGUUUGGUAUAAUUUUGUAGGCGUGCCAGAACAAUAAGCCAGCUGUUAAGUGUUCCAGUGUGGUGUUUCCUUCUAGUCACAUUAAUCCACCUGUGUUUCUGGAGCCACGUGAACAAGUAAAAAUAAACGUUUAUUCCUAA